AUGACGGGGAAGGGCCCUGACCCGGCCCCUGCGGCGGGACUGAAAUCGGUCCUCCCAGCAAACGCGGAACCAUGGUGGAAAAUACCUCACCUAGUAACCCUUAACGGCUACAUCGCCUGCCUGGUUCUUUUCUCCAGUACAGUCGGCUACGACAUAUCCCUCAUGAAUGGCCUCCAAUCCCUAGACCAAUGGCAAUCGUUCAUGCACCAGCCAACCGGCGCCUGGCUUGGCUUCGUCAACGCCCUGCAAUCCCUCGGUAGCAUGCUGUUCCAGCCCGUAAGCGCAUGGUCUGCCAACCGUCUCGGGCGGAAGCGAACAGUUCUCAUCGGGUAUUUCUGGCUAGCUCUGGGCGUUGGUCUUCAAGUUGGGGCCCCGGACGCGAAGAUGUUUGUUGCAUCGCGUAUGUUCGUUGGUAUUGCAGGUGCUUGGUUCCAGGCUGCCGUUAUCUUGGUCACUGAAAUUGCGUAUCCGUCGCAUCGCUCUUUUGUUACGGCUGUAUAUAUGUGUCAGUACUAUGCUGGGUCGCUGCUGUCCGCUUGGAUUGCAUUUGGGACGAGGAAUAUGGAUAGUAAUUGGGCUUGGCGGAUUCCUUCGCUAAUGCAGAUUGCCCUGCCGCUACUUGCUCUUCCGGGGGCUUUACUUAUUCCCGAGUCGCCUCGUUGGUUGAUUCGGCAGGAGCGAGUCGGGGAGGCGAGAGAUAUCUUGGUACGGCUCCAUGCUGGAGGAGAUGAGAGAUCUGAACUUGUUGCUUUUGAGAUGGACGAGAUGAUGCAGUCGACUGUGUUUGAGCAGAGUGCAAGCGAGAACUCUCGCUGGAUCGACUGUGUCAAAACCCCGGGUAAUCGGUAUCGACUGUUCUUGAGUAUUUCGCUGGGCUUCUUCUCCCAGUGGAAUGGAGGUGGCGUUGUCUCCUAUUAUCUCACCCUGAUUCUGGAGACAAUCGGCAUCACUUCCGUGACAGAACAAACAUUAAUCAAUGGAUUCCUUCAGCUCUGGAACCUAAUAAUGAGCAUUGUCGGUGCAGGCCUCGUUGAUCGAGCCGGCCGACGAACACUCUUCCUAGCAUCCACAAUAAUCAUGCUUCUCAGCUACAUCUUGAUCACGGCACUUUCCGGCUGCUUCAACACAUCAGGUACGGCAGCAGUCGGAACCGCGGUUAUCCCAUUCCUGUUCCUCUACUACGCCGGCUACGACAUCGCUUUCACUCCGCUGAUGCUAGCCUACCCAGCCGAGAUCUGGACAUUCUCUCUGCGUGCCAAGGGAGUAGCCAUCUGCGCGAUGGCCAAUUAUGGGGCACUUGUUUUCAACCAGUUCAUUAACCCCAUUGCUUUCGGGGCCAUCUCUUGGAAGUAUUAUUUUGUCUUUCUGGCCAUUUUGUUAAUUGUCCUGGUUACUGUCUACUACUAUUACCCCGAGACGCAUGGCUACUCUCUUGAGGAGAUGGCUGUUAUUUUCGAUGGCGAAUCAGCACGUGUUACAAAUGGCAUUUCAGCCAAAAUGGAGCUACAGGAGAAACGCGCUGGGAAUAUUCCACAUGUUGAGACUGUAUGA